CCUCGACAUGGUGGUCAGUGCCACCGGUGGUGGAUAUUGUCGUUGUCUGCUCUGACACUGACCCAUGACUCACUUUCCUCCUGCUGCCUUUUUCCUAUGCAAUCUGACAUUGACUUUCUUCCACCAACAUGAAGACUAUCCUUCGCUUCGCUGACCUAUUCAUCAUCCUGCCCUCCCAUCCUCCCUUUCCCAACCAUGGCUCGCACCGCCCUAUUUGUGAUCGAUAUUCAAGCCGAUCUAGCCCAGGAUCCUCGAACUGAAAUUCCUCACGCCGCUCGAAUCCGAGAUGUUGGGGCCGCCGUUCUUUCAAAGGCACGAAUAGCCAUCGACAAUGAACUUGGUCGCGGCCUAGGUGCCAAUCUUAGCAUAAUCAUCGUCCAACACCACGAAACCCCUGAAAAUGGCUCUUUGGUUAGAGGCAGCAAGCCGUGGGAGUUAGUUUUCAAACCACGUAAUGAAACAGAGAGGAUUGUGGAGAAGACUACCAGGGACACGUUCGAGUCCAACCAGCAACUCGCAGAUCAGCUAAAAGCCGAAGGGAUUGAAGAGAUUGUGGCUUUUGGAAUUCAGAGUGAAUGUUGCGUUCAAUCAACCUGUGAGGGGGCAUUAGCUGCUGGCUUCAAAGUUGUGUUGCUGCAGGGAGCCCAUUCGACUUAUGAUAUGGGAAGUAGGAAGGCAGAGGAGAUUGAGCGGGAGGUUGAAGAGAAGCUCCGCAAAGCAGGUGCGGAAAUUAUUCCAUGGGAUACAUGGCAACCUUGACAUAGACCAAGGAUAGCCGCAGCCGACGUCCGUCCUAGUCAUAGAUAAUGCAUCCUUCCACCACUCCGAACGGACUGCGUAAUUAUAUAUCAAUAUCGGAUUCAAGUUGGUUUACUGUAUCUACCUCCUUAUUCGCUAGAUAUAAACCCGGGCGAAGGAAUUUUUGCCAAGCUCAAGGGCUUCGUUCGAGCUUAGCUAGAGCUACUAUGAAGAUCAUCCAGACUGAGGAUUUGGUUUAUUUUUUGGCUGGUAUUAUCAUGGUUGGAG